CGACCAUUAUUCAGAACAUAAUUCUCGAUUAUUCUGAAUUGACCUCUAACGUCUCGAUUCAUGUACCGGAUUUUGAAACUCUUGUAUACUUCGACUGCAAGGAUAGAACAACAGGCAAUUUACAGCAAGUUUUAAUGGCUAACUUUGAGUGUUUGUGCUCAGAAAUAGUGGAGAAAAAUUUCUUGAAAGCCCUCUCUUCCCUCCGCGUGCUUUUUUUGAUUGAUGGUUUUGAUGAGACAAACAAAACUUCAAUGGCGGUUUUCCGUGAGCUUUUGCAGAAAACAUGGCACACCGACUCCCGCAUCCUCAUCACAACUCGCACUCAGGCCACAGGAGAGCUCAAAAAACUAAUCGCUCAAAAAGACUGCAAGCAUUCUGAUUAUAACAUUGCACCUCUCUCAGAGCUACAAGCUCAGUUGAAGUUCAUCGAGAAUUAUGAGAAGAAGUUGACCUACGACAUAGCUACCUCAGGCUCAAUGCCAGAACAAUUCUCCAAGAUUAAUCCUACGUUGCAGCAGAGUUUCACGGAGCCAAUCUCUUUGUUGCAGUUCUGUUCCAUUUGCAUGAAAGUUCCAGAGAAGAUAACUCGAUGGAGAAACUUCAACGACGUGUCUAGGGACACAUUGCAGCUACAAAAAAACAUUGCCAAGGAAAGACUCGACGGCAUCUUCGUCGCCAACAAAGAAAUCCUAAUUGAUGAGGUAUUCAUGGUCAUUAGUUCUAUGGCUUUGGAGUUCCUCGCCUGCAACAUGACAACCUUCACUGACGACGAACUUCUCCCUUUCAAGCGUCACUGCUAUGAAAUACUAAAAAAACAUGGUGCAAAUAAGGAAAUUGAUGCUGGAAUUUUCAUAUCAGCCAUGUUCAGAAUUAAUAGAUCGCUCUCUGGUAGCCUUGUCACGACCUACUCCUUACCACAAAAAUCCCUACUGGAUAUGGCUGUUGCCAUUUACAUUUCCCAGCGUGCGAUGAACACUAAUAAAUCUCUUCUUGAAAUGCUGGGGAAACACCUGAAAACGAAGUCGAGUCUUCUGGAUGUGCUGAUAAUCGUUAUGCAAGACCUCAACAGCAACCCACGUCAGUUUCUCAAACGCUGGCCGGAGUUAAUGAAGGCUUUCAUGAAUGCGGGCGUCACCAGCGGCAGCGACUGGCAGGAGUUGAUGCUCAGAAGUCCUGACGUCGCGGAGCUGGCGAAACACGCGGCAAAGAUCACGAUUGCCGAGACUGACAAGUGGCACGUAUACUCAACUCAUGAUCUGACGGCAAUAUCACUAAUGUUGCAAUACGAGAAGCCUCGACUCAUCGACAUCAAGUUACCAUCUGCUGUGCUUCGUGCUGCCAGCUCCACCUGGUUGGAAGUGACACGCAUCCAUCAGGGUGGUCUGAAGCUGGACAUCUCUGCUGGCUUGCAGAAGAUACCUAAGCCCUGUGACGAUCUAUUAGAUUGUUUCAACGGAUCCAGGUGUCAGCUCUUUAGUUUGGUGAGCUGUAUAAGCAGUGCGGCUGCCGUUACCGCCGUAGCUUCAGUUUCUACACCGGCCACAACUAAGCUGAACCUUUCGAUGCCCACCCCUAUCAACCUGGACGGCCUACGGGGCAAAUACAAGCGUCUGCAAGUGGAAAUCUGGCCGUUGGAUGCAGCUUGGGCUGCGUUAUCUCAGCCAGCCCAACCCCCACCGUGCCAGGAGGAGCACGGUGCUGGGGACAUGCCCGGUGAGGCACUCGGUCACGGUGUGCGUCUGCCAGCCCAGCCCCCACCAGGACUAACUCUGUAUGACGUCAGCCCAGGCAGCCUUGAGGCAGUCGUCCGAGUUGUCCACGCUAUUGCUCCCCCCACCAAAAGAUUUGGCAGCAUUUUGCUGCCAGUCUGCGAGUUGAAUAAAGAUGAAGUACAACAAUUGCUGGUGCGACUGAAGCAGGAUGGGGUCAGGAGCGCAGUUCACGGCCGGACAUGCAGCAUUACCUGUUACGACAACGUGAUGCUGAGCAUAGCCGACGAUCUCCCAGAACUCAGUGGGAAUGAAAGAGCCGUCCAACAAAUCCUAGCUCAGGAGCAGGCUAGUUGUGAUAAUUUCUUAAAGGCUCAGCGACCUGAAGUGCUGCGAAUGAUACAGGAAGAAUAUUCACGAAUGGCGACACGCCUACUCCAGCCCGAGCUGAAGACUGCCUUCUUUGCAGCUUUUAAAGGCUGGAGCGAAGACAAUGUGUUCAGGAUAGAGACAAGUCAUGACUUGGAGAUGGUUGCAAUGAUGCUGCCUCUUUCUCCCGAUUCAAGCGUUAUGGUGAAGACGUCGCCUCUAACCCUGGAUUCACUCAAGUGGCUGAAGAUAGUGCAAUGUCACAGUGGAAACUUGAUCCUUGACCUUUUGAACUUAGGCUCGGUAUAUAAAACCAGCGAUGGUGUGCUUCAGUCUUUGUUAAAUGGCAGGUCCAAAAUCAGGAGCUUUACGGGUUUUCUCAAGACGGCUGCAGGCGUAGCAGCUUUAGCUUCUACUGCCGAAGAAGCAAUUUUGUGCCCCUGUCUCGAUGCUCUGCUCGAUGUCACUCCACUGCUCGGCAAAUAUACGAUGCUCAAUGUUACUACACCCGUAAUAAGCACCGCAGUAAAAGCAAGACUACCAUUACCAUCUUACCCACCACCCCUCUUUACAGUCUUCAAACCCUUACCAGGGAGCUGCGAGGCCGUGGUUCAGACAGUGACCAUUUUUUCACCGAAAAAUAAAAGGUCCGUCCUGUAG